AUAUUCAAUGCAGAAAUCCUCCGCAGUAACGUCUGGCUGUCGCGGGGAUGAUCUGAUAAGUAUUGGCGGUGGAGGACUGGGAGGUGUGUCGGUCACCCUCCGAGUGUGUGUGUGUGGUGUGUGUGUGUGCGGGGAGGAGGAAACAGAGAGAGAGAGAGAGAGAGAGAGAGAAGUUUCCACCGCUCUUGCCGCACACAGUCUCUCAUCGCUCGCUUCUCUCGAUGGCACGUCCGUCUCCGAGUGCAGCUGUGUUGUGUUGCAGCGGUCGCAGCUCCGUCGCCCGCCGUCUGUAGAACUACGGAGUCCAUGUAAUCGUCACCAUGGCCGAUUUCGCAGAGAAUCAGAGCAGCGCCGUCGCUCCUCCACCGGUUGCUGGCUGGAAAGCUGCGUCUGGAGCAGCAGAAACGAGCGCGGAGACGCACCGUGGAGGAGAGCUGGUGUCAAACGGAAACUGCAGCGCGCCAGACACAGUGAAGGGGCUCCAAAAGCAGUCCAGCUGCGAGCUCCCUACGUGGGAGGGCACAGGUUCUGAUUCAGCAUCUAAGCCGAUCCCUCGACGCAGCAGUCUGAUCAAGGACGGGUCACGUGUGGGUCGGGAGAGGAAGAAGACCGUGUCCUUCAGCAGCAGCCUGUCAGAGAAGAAGAUCAGCAGUGCCGCUGACUGCAUUCACUCCAUGGUUGAGGGAAGUGAGCUGAAGAAAAUCCGUCCAAACUCGCGUGUUUACCAGCGCUAUUACAUGCUGGACGCAGGUCUCCAGGCUCUGUGCUGGGAGCCGUCCAAGAAGGAGUCAGACAAAGCCCGGAUCUCUCUUUCCUCCAUAAGAGAGGUACGGACAGGCCGUAACACAGAAACCUUCCGUACCAGCGGGGUUUAUGAGCAGAUAUCAGAGGACUGUGCAUUCUCCAUCAUCUAUGGAGAUCUGUACGAAAACCUGGACCUGGUGGCCAACUCUGCUGAAGUGGCGAACAUUUGGGUGACCGGACUAAGGUAUCUGAUGCAGUAUGGGAAACAUGCCCUGGACAUGCUCUCCAGCAGUCAGGAUAGUCUAAGACUCGGCUGGUUAGAGCAGCUGUUCUCCUCUGCUGCUGAUUCGGACGGACAGGAUGAUGUCGAGGAGGGAAUUUGCUUGCAGUCGGCCAUCAAGUUGAUACAGCGCGUGAACCCCGGGGUGAGCGGCAGCAAAGUGGAGCACAGGUUUAAAGAGCUACAAAGGGUUCGGCUUACGCUGGAUAAUGGGGCUGGACUCAAAGACCACGCGGAAACCAAAAGACCUCCGGGAAGAAAAGAGCGGGUCACCAAGCAGGAGUUCAUCGAGGUCUUUCACGACUUUGGCACACGUCCGGAGAUCUACUUUCUGUUGGUGCAGUUCUCAAGCAACAAGGAGUUCCUGGACGCCAAAGACCUGAUGCGGUUCCUUGAAGCUGAGCAGGGCAUGACUCAAGUGAGCGAGGAGACAAGUCUGAAGCUCAUCCAGUCCCAUGAGCCAUCAGAGGAGGGUCGGCAGCAGGGAUACCUGUCUUUGGAUGGCUUCACCAGCUACCUUACUUCAGCAGAGUGCCGCCUCUUUGACAGGGAGCACGACAUCGUGUGUCAGGACAUGUCCCAGCCUUUGUCCCACUACUACAUCAACUCCUCCCACAACACCUACCUCAUCGAGGACCAGUUCAAAGGUCCCUCGGACAUCUCCGGCUACAUCCGGGCCCUCAAGAUGGGCUGUCGAUGUGUGGAAGUGGACGUUUGGGACGGCCCUGAUGAGGAGCCAGUGGUGUGCACAGGUCACACCCUUUCCCCACCACUGACCCUGCGCUGUGUGUUGGAGGCAAUUGGAAAGUUUGCAUUUGUGGCUUCAGGCUAUCCUUUAAUCAUAUGUAUUGAGAACCACUGUUCAUCUGGACAGCAGAAGAAAAUGUGGCAGUAUCUCACAAGCGUACUCGGGGAGAAGUUAUACACAACUCCCCCAAAUGAAGGGGACGCCUACCUGCCAUCGCCACAUGCCUUAAGGCAUAAAAUUCUACUCAAGGGUAAAAAGUUGGGUCCAGGUUCUGAUGGUGAGGAUGGGGAGGUAAGUGAGGAGGAUGAAGGUGCAGAGAUGUGUCAAAGGUUGAAUACAGCUAACAGUGGAUUGGCAGCUCUUGCAGGAAGUGAGAAGGACACGUUGCAGAAAAGCGUCCCUACCACAGCUCACUGUAAUCCUCCUCAUCCGCCCUCCAAGCAGUUCCAACUAUUGAAGGAGAUGUCUGACCUAGUAGCUCUUUGUCACUCUGUGAGCUUUGUUGAUUUUCCAACAUCAACAAAAACCCAAAAACCUUGGGAACUGUGUUCCUUUCACGAGUCCCUGGCCGUGCGUCUCGCUGGCGACAGCCCCGGUCACUUUGUCAAUCACAACAAGCAUUUCCUGUCGCGGGUUUACCCCAACCCCAUGCGAAUUGACUCGAGCAACAUGAACCCUCAAGACCUGUGGAAGUGCGGCUGCCAAAUUGUGUCUAUGAAUUUUCAGACAGCAGGUCUGAUGAUGGACCUGAACACUGCUUGGUUCCGGCAGAACGGGAACUGUGGUUACGUUCUGCGGCCAGCCAUCAUGCGGCAGGAGGUGUCUUAUUUCAGCGCCGACACAAGAGACACGGUGCCUGGUGUGUCUCCACAGCUGCUUCACGUGAAGGUGAUAAGUGGCCAGAACCUGCCCAGGCCAAGGGGCUCUGGGGCCAAAGGGGACGUGGUAGACCCAUAUGUGUAUGUGGAGAUCCAUGGCAUCCCAGCAGACUGCACAGAGCGCCGCACCAGGACAGUGAUGCACAACGGAGACAACCCUAUCUUUGACGAGAGCUUCGAGUUCCAGAUCAAUCUGCCGGAGCUCGCUAUGGUUCGCUUUGUUGUGCUGGAUGACGACUUCAUAGGGGAUGAUUUUAUAGGUCAGUACACCAUCUCUUUGGAGUGUCUUCAGCCAGGCUACCGACACGUACCACUGCAGUCCCUGACGGGAGAGGAGCUUCCACACUCCAAGCUGUUCGUCCACGUGGCCCUCACCAAUCGUAGAGGAGGAGGAAAGCCUCACAAACGUGGCCUGUCCGUGCGGAAAGCCCGCAAGGGCAGGAGCUACACGGCGCUGAGGGACCUGGGCGUUCGGGCGGUGGACGAGGUUUUCAAGACGGUUGCUCCACUGGUGAAGGAAGCCACCGAUCUGAGGGAAAACAUGCAGAACUCUGUGGCAGUGUUUAGGGAGCUGUGUGGAGUGUCAGCAGUGGCUAACCUCAUGCAGUGCGUUCUGGCUCUGAGCUCCAGGGUGUCAGGACCAGACGGGACGCCUUUGCUAUUGUUUGACCUACGCGAGCAGUACCCCACCCUGGAGCCCCAGGGGCCCCUGCCUGAUGUCCUUCGCCGUGUGGUCUCCACCUACGAAAUGAUGGUCCAGGCCAGCAGAGCCGUGGUGGAGCUUUCUGAUGGAAUCUACAACAGAAUCCUGCAAAUACAGACAACAGCGAUGGAGUUUCAUGAGAAUCUGCAGAGCCUGGCGGUAAAGGAAGGGCUGAAAGGUCGCAAAGUCAGUCGAGCGCUGGAAAGCUUCAGCUGGAACAUCACCAUCCUUAAGGGCCAGGCCGACCUCCUAAAGCACGCCCAGGCCGAGGUCCGGGAGAACAUGGAGCAGGUCCAUGACGCGGCUCUGACUGGAAACCUCAGCAAGGACAACUCUGGAGUGACACGAGUCCGCUCCCAAACGCGACGAGGCCAGGACGACAAAACCGCCACAAGUGCUAGAGGAAACUAGAGGAGCGUGGAGAUGGAACUUCACUGUAGCUGCUGUGACAACCCUCUCCUCGUGUCAUCACUUUGUUCCCCACAGAUGAGCGUGCCAGAGUGGGAGAUGAUUGCAGUGUUUCUGGAUCUGGAAAAGCAAGAACCAUAUUUCCAAAGAAAGCAGAGUUGAAUGCAAGUCUUCAAAUGUUGACCACCGUCUGUCACUGAGCCCAGGAGAGCUGCAGACAUCACAGCAACGACAAUGACAAUGUGUUGUUCGAUUUAAAGCCAAGGUUCAGCUGUACUGUAUUAAACUGUAGAUACAACAACAAAAAAGAAAACACACAAAGGAUGUGCAAUGUUGUUGAGGUGUGUAAAAAAAAACAAAGCUCCAGUGCCAAGCAAUAUCAAGUAUGGAGACAUUAGUGGUAGUGGUUGUAAGUCUCUCAUCCAGUCACCUUAAGGCUCUUUUUUUCUGUCACUACAAAAGCUCCCCCUCCACGCUCUCUCUAUAUAUUGUCGUACAUGCAGUAAUCUAUAUUUUUCUAUUUCCCAGAAGCCUUUGUUGUAAAUAUAAACUGCCAUAACGAUCAACUCCAUGACUCUAAAUGUGUACUGGACCGUUUUUUGUUGCAAGUGAUUCAUUUGUGCGCAAAUCAAUGUACAGUAUUUUUUAUUAUGUGACGUUUGAUUUUUUCUUUUUUUUUCUUUGCUGUGAAGCGUAUUUUACUUAAGUUAUUGAUCCCAAUUGAAAACAUUCCAAAAAAGCGACGAGCUGGGGCCGGUCAGACUCGACAUGUUCAGCUCUGUCAGUGGUAGCAGUUCAUGAUUAUCUUAAGCAACAGUCAGGAUGGAAAUAUGUGAGAAAUAAAGUAGUUUUUAAACGAC